AUGGGUCUGCUCAGUUCCGGUGUCCCGGAUACGCCGACAGAACGGGGCGGUAGGUGCGGAGGAGGUGGAGGUAGGGGCGGAGGUGGCAAUGGCGGCAGCCGGGGCUCGGGGGGCGGCGGCGAUGGCGGUAGCCGGGGUUCGGGCAGCGGCGUCGGCAGUGGCGGUGGCGAGGGCUCCAACGUCGGCGGUACCGGUGGCGCGAACCGGGGCAAGCUCUAUACCAAUCAGGAGAGCAUUGCCGUGGUUAGGGCGUGGGAUGCCAUCACAUCGGACCCCGUGGUGGGCACCGAUCAGCCCGAGUGGAGCUUUUGGAGGCGCGUCAUGAUGGCGUACGAAGAGUUCAAACCCGACGGCGCCGAUAAGCGCGACCCAGAACAGCUCCGAAAAAAGUGGAGCAGGAUUCUGCGGGCUACCAAGCGGUUCGCGUCCAUUUACCAGAACAACCUUCUACACGCUGAGAGUGGCCGCAGCGAAACAGACGUGAAAGCCCUGUCGAUGGUUGAUGCAAGAACUGCAAGACGUAUGCAGCAAAUACGCAGCGGAAUCCGACCCGUACGUCAGGAACGUCUACUAGAGGCUCAUCACUCGGAUUGA